AUGCGACUAAUUGGAUUUAUAGUGAAUUUGGCAGCACUAACAGCUGUCGCCUGGGCGAAUCACCAUGAGAGUCUGUCCCUCAGUCCGGCGGAGCACAGCGUGGUCCGGUAUACAAACGAAUCCCUCAUCGUCCAGUGCCGUAGUCCCGAUCCAAAAGUGGUGCUGCAUUGGAAAUCGCCAAAAGGCGAAAUUAUACGCGAGCACAAAGGACGCAUUCACAUUGAGCAAACAUCGGCAGAACAAUUGAAAAUCGUUUUCGCCCACAUCGCACUGGCCGACAAGGGCAAUUGGUCCUGCGAAGCUGCUGAUGGAAGUCUGCAUAGUAAAUCCUUCGAUUUGAUUGUGUACCAGAAAAUUACAUUCACGGAAAACGCCACCGUGAUGACGGUUAAGGAGGGCGAGAAGGCCACCAUUCUGUGCGAGGUGAAAGGCGAACCCCAGCCGAAUGUCACCUGGCACUUCAAUGGACAGCCCAUCAGUGCUGGCGCGGCCGACGACUCCAAGUUCCGCAUCCUGGCCGAUGGUUUGCUCAUCAACAAGGUAACACAGAAUGACACCGGCGAGUACGCGUGCCGGGCAUACCAAGUCAACUCGAUUGCUUCCGAUAUGCAGGAGCGCACAGUUUUGAUGAAAAUCGAACACAAGCCCACUUGGUCCAAGACGCCCUUUGUGAGCCUAAAGUACGCGUAUAUCAAUGGCACUGCUACCCUUAUGUGCGAGGCUCUGGCGGAACCACCUGCCAAUUUCACCUGGUACCGCAAACACAACAAGCUGUACAGCAACAACAGGACCUACACCAUCGAGACGGAUAGUUAUUGGUCCCGCCUCACCAUCCACGUGCUGAACACCAGCGCCUUCGAUAAUUACAGGUGUCGUGCUAAGAACGACCUGGGCGUCAUCGAGAGGAUCACGCGACUUGAGCAGGGUGACAAACCUCCUGCUCCGACCAACUUUGAGUUGCGCGGCUUCAAUUCGAACACCUUCGACGUGGUCCUGAGUGCUCCUCGAGGUCCCCCAGAUAGUCCCAUGGGGGUCAAUGGUUUCCGCAUCGAGUACAUGACCGAAAUGGAGUUCAAGUCGGAGGCGGGCAAGUGGACCAAUGCCAGGCGGAAGGACUAUCCCUUCGAAGAAGGUGCAACAUUCCUUCUGACGAAUUUAGAGCCAGAUACAAACUACCUGGUGAGAGCCGCAUCUCGAAACCUGGCUGGCUUCAGUGACUUCACCAGGGUGGAGAAGUAUAAGACAUUGUCUCUGGAGCCUCGUGCAUCUUCGGGGAUCCCCAGGCCCAUGACUCUCCUCUUGGGUCUUCUAACACUAAUGGGCCUUAUGUGGCCGAACCACGGAUGAAUCUGAUUCUGCAGGCGGAUGAAGGAUGACGGGUGAUGCUCCUAGCGGAACCGGAAACGAGGACCUUAACCCCCAUGUGCUUUGUAUAGCUUUAAGACGUGUCCACGGGGACACUUUUCUGUCUGAUUUGCUCGGUCUAAGAAAAUGGGUUAACUCUUAAGUUCAGUGCGUUAAAAUAACCCAAAACAAUGUUAAGAUUAAGUUUAGUGAGAGUUUCUUUUUAGCUUUGAAUGCUUCGAUUUGAAAGAUAUUAAUGGAGAACUUAUAGGAAAAAGUAUAUUAUAUUUAAACAAAUCCUCAUAGCGGUUAAAGAAAAUCUAUGGCUCCCCAAAACGUUGCAAAUCAAAAGCUUUGCUCAACUUUCCUCAUUGUGAGAAAUUUAAAUUAAACUAGUAAAUAUUUUAACUCGAAUUGGACGUUUUCCUGCUGAGCUUAAGCCUUGCAACUUAAAAGAAGUUUUGUUGCCAAAUCUUAUAUAUAUAUUCAGAAACUUGCCAAAUUAGAAAAAGAAUAUGAAUUAUUUUACUCUGCAAGAGUUAAAUACAUACACAAGCAUAAGCCUUCCUUCAUUCGAUAAACCUACACAACCCUUUCAACUCAACUACAUAUAUACCAUUUUCAUCUAAAGCCUCGAGUAAAACAUCAAACGCAUCAAACAAUAAAUAACAAUUUGAAAGAGCUUAACACCAGCAUUUGAAAUUUUUAUAUGAUACAUAAUCUUUUUGAUAGUCCGAAGCCAAAAUAAACAUUUUCACGUGUACAUUUUCAGGGCUUAAAUAAACGAUACAAAUUGUAUGUAACAGUAAGAACAACCUUUUUGCCACAAAACAAAGGCAAACGACCGUUGCCAAAACUAAUCCAAAAUAUAUAUUUUACAUAAAUAGUUUAUACCCAAUAAAAUGAAAUAUAUUUCCUCUAUUAAGUGGUGUAAAAUGUAAGCCAUAAGUCCUAGCCAAAGAUAAAAUAUUCUGUGGUUUUCGUUUGCCACUUGUGUGUGAGCCAAAAAUAAAAGUUAUUAUGAAUACCAAA